AUGACAAGUAAUAUACCAAAUGAAGUUGAAAAAUGUUCAUCUUCGAAAAUGAUUGUAACAGCUGCACGUUCACAUUUAAUUCGUAAUAUUCGAGAAUUAAAUUUGUAUUCUGAUAAUCCAUUUUGGUCAUCAACAUUAACUACUGCUGAGCAAAUAUCGAGUACUCGACUUUUUUUAAUAUUAACUUCAAUAUCUGUUUUAGUCGUUAUUGGUUAUGCUAGUCUAUCGAUUCGUACACAUGAAGUAACUUUAAAUAAAUUUUCUAUAUCUGAUUUCGAACGACUUGAAGCACGUUAUCGAACAACAUUUAGAGCUACUUGUACUAAAACAUCAAUACCGUUUAAUAAAUUUAUGAAUUUAUCUGUUAAAUUUCAUCAAAUUUGUUCAAGUCCAUUUAUUGAAAAUGAAUGGAUUUCUUCUUUAUAUCUUUCGAAUGCAACGUCGCAUAAUAUUUUAGAUUUUCGUACAUUUGCUUUUUCUCAUUAUCGUUCUCUUAGUCUACUAUGUCAAGUAGCACGUCAAACAACUAAUGAUAAUCUUCAAGCAUUUAAUUUUACUAAUUUAGUUGAGCUUCUUACUUUUUCACGAGAUCAAUUUAAUGAUUUAGCUGGUGUUCUCAUCUCGAAUUUUCAAAACAAUCUUUUAGCUAAUGAAAAACGAACCGCAAAAAUAAUAUCACUAAUGAUUGCACAGAAUCGAUUAUUUUCAGCUUUACGUACAAAUUAUUAUACACGUUCUAUACCUGGUUCAGCAUCAUAUGUCACAUAUAAUGUAAUUUAUUUGGAACAAAAUGGAACAAAUGAAUCAUCUUGCGAUUGUAGAUUAGAAAACAAUCAAUGUACAUAUCCAGCUGGUGCUUUUUAUAAUUGGACAUCACGAGUAUUAGGAAAACCAGCAAAAAAUAAACAACCACCUAGAUUUCAAGUAAUCAAAUUUUCUUCUUGUAUUCUUUAA